UCUCGCUGUUGAUCCGUCUGUAAAAUGACCGCGCGCGCACAUCCGAUCGUCAGGAUGCAUGUGGAGGAUGGAGCUGAACUCGACGAUGUCAUUCGGAUGUAAAUAGGUUAACCUCGUGGACAGAUCAGACACAGAAAUUUUGCCUCCUGACCUUUCUGACGCUUUACUUAUUGUUAUUCUAAAAAGCAAACCAUCAUGGAUCUGUCAUUUAUGGCUGCGCAGAUCCCUGUGAUGACAGGAGCUUUCAUGGACUCGUCGCCUCAUGAUGACUACAGCGCAGAUCACUCUCUCUUCAACUCCUCUGCUAGUGUCCACGCCGCUGCUCUGGCAGCUCACAACCAACAGGAGGAGCAGCAGCCCAUGUCCCGGGAUGCCAUCUGGCUGUGGAUCGCCAUCACCGCCACCAUCGGAAAUAUCAUAGUGGUGGGCGUGGUCUAUGCCUUCACGUUCUGAACUCUUGAACAGACUACCUGAGCUUUAGAGUCAUUCUGCUUUGAGUCCCCAAAGUAUAGGGCCCCCUGGGCCCACAUAAGAUUAACAAUGUGUGCUGUCUUUCAAGAAAACAAAUGUAAAAGGUGUUAGUUGUUUAUUCAUUUUUUUUUUUUACGCAGAAUGGUAUCUAGAAACUCCUGAAAUUAUUUUUGAUUCAUUGCAAUUUUCACGUUAAAAAACUUUGAAUUAGAUCGUUUAAUGAUAGACAGUGUAAUGAGAGAAUAAGUCAGAACUACUGAUUUAUUUUUUGCUGAGUGACCAAUACUGCCAGUCUUUUGCCAAAUAUUUUGUAAAUGGUUUUGCUUUUAGUAUGUAAUGACAGAUGCUGUAAUUAAGCUUAAACCCUCCUAUUGUCUUUGGGGUCAAUUUGACCCCAUUCAAUGUUUAGCAUCUCUAAAUACAUGAUUGACAUAAUUUUUUUUCAUCAUCAUUUAUCUUAUUUAAUGACUUUUCCUAAUUUAAUUGGGACAACUGGGUAAAAAUAAAAUUAACAUAAUAUGUUUUCAAUGUCCUGUACACAUUUUUUAGCAUCAGUGUUCAAUGUUCUAGGCUGUUUUAGCUGUAUACAACAUAAGAAAUAUAAAAAUUUUACAUACAUUUGUUUUGGUUGUUUUGGAUGAUAUUGAAGUCACUAUAACAUGCAAUUUUAUAAUCUUCAAAAAACUUCCCUCUGCUUUAGGGCCCUGACCUAACGUAACUGUAGAACCACUAUUUCACAUGACAUGGGCGAGAGGAAAACAUAAUUCCCAUGAGAACUUUGUUAUUUCCCGCACUGUGGUGGAGGGGAAAACAUAAUUUUCGUGAGGACAUUGAUAAUUCGCCCAACAUAGGGGAGGAUAAAACAUACAAAGGCUUGCACAGCAGCCUUCUAAACCAUUUUUCUUGGUGCUCUGUGAGCUCUCUCUUUAUGCUCUCUCUCAACUGAAAAUUACCUCUAAUUCAAUGAGGUUUUGUCACAGUUCUUAGACAGUGAAAGUGACAUUGAGGAGAAUAUGUCUGAGACAGAGGAUAAAGUUUAGGAGGACCCUGACUAUGAGGCAUCCUUCUCUGAUAAGAAUGAGACUCUUAGUGUUGACCCUCCUGUUGUCUCUCAACCACCAGCAAACACAUUACCUUCCAAAAAUUGAAGUUAGUAUGGUCCCUCUCCCCACUUGAACGACAGGGUAGACUUAGUGCUGCAAAUGUCGUCAGAAUGGUUCCAGGCCCCACCAGAUACACUGUAAGCCAUGUCCAAGACAUAAAAUCAGCAUUUGAGCUUUUCGUAAUACCAUCAUUCGAAAAGCAUAUACUUGAGAUGGCAAACUUAGAGGGGAGGCGCGGGUAUGGGGACACUUGCGAGCCUACUUUGGGUUGCUCAUUUUGGCAGGAGUGUACAGGUCAAAUGGAGGGGUUGAUAAUCUGGACAUGGUCACAGUCACGUACAGCUGCCAGCGGAUUGCCUGUUGGCCUCUUGUCAUUUUUUUCAACAUCAUUGAUGUGAGAGCCUACAAUGCCUUUGUAUUAUGGAGCGAAAUAAAUAAGGAUUGGAACAGCGGAAAACUGAGUUGAAGGAGGAUUUUCCUGGAGCAGCUGGGAUACGUGCUAGUGAAAACUCAUAUCAAAAGAAGACGGGGUCUUCCAAGAGUAUAAACAGCUGCUGCAACUGUUAUGAAGGAUAUCCAAAUGGAGACACACACCCAAGUGGUUCAAAAUCCAGGCAGGAAACAUGGCAGGUGCCAGGUCUGUCCCAACAGAAAUGGCUCCAAGACCAGCAACACCUGUGUGAAAUGCAAGAAAUGCAUCUGCAAGGAGCGCACACACACUCUCUGCACAUCAUGUGCACAGAAGUGCAGACAAAAGGCUGGACUGUACCUUCUGGUGGGCUGUAGGAAAAAUAAUAUGCUGUUCAUAUUCUGUCUAUGCUGUUCUUAUUCUUUAAAACUAAUUUUAGUGACUACGUAACUUAGUUUUUUUUACUAUCUCACACAUUCAUAGCACUUACAGUAGCAUAGAACAAUCCCUGACACAAAGCUCAGAUUUACUUUUUAUUGAUUUAUUUGUCAAUAAAGAA